AUGGUCAAUAUCAUAAAUUCUCAUUACGAUCUCGUCAUUUUAUUUAAGAUGGACACCACGGGUGGUGCUGAACUCCAAUCACAACUACCUGUUCAUGCAGCAAGUGUGCUCCCUGUGGUGCAACAUUUGUGCUUCUCCAUCGAUACCUCUCAAACUAAAGCACUUUACUACUGGAAGGAAAAGGUUGAGGAUCAUCUGAUUUUUGGCGUCUCGACCGAGAGUUCUUCAAUUAUCUCGAUCUCAUGGCUGAAGUUUCUAAGAUCAAAAGUCCAACCAUUAAAGAAGGCCAUGGCACUUGAACAAUACUCACAUAUUCAAUUCAUUGCCCAUUGCUUGCGAUACUAUGAUGCUAGGACUAUAGAUGUCAUCAGUGCCGGCCCCGACAUUUGGGGCCCUGUAAAAAAUCGACUCCAAGGGAUAUCGAUUGUUGCUGCAGCUUCCAUCCCACCUACCUGGGAGAUUGGGAAGUGCAUCUGGGUUCCAAUUGCUACACGCAUCAAUUAUGCCAGAAAAUUGACAAACAAUUGGGAAGCACUUUGCAAGAAAGCAUCAGAAUUACGUUCCAAGAAAGAUGACAUUGUUGCCAAAAUUGAAAGAUUCCGUCCGCAAAGAACUCCAACUCAGGAAUGUGUUAAUUGGAGAAACGAGGUGGCAGAAAUGGAGAACAAGGUUGCAACCUUAGAACAAGAGUUCAAUGUUGAGAAGAAAUGUGUUUGGGGAUUAUGUCCAAACAUUUUUGAGCGUAUAAAGCUUGGUAAGCUAGUAGUAAAUAUGAUCACCAAGAUUAACCUACUCAUGGAAAAAAAGUUUGAAAAUGGGGUACUGAAUAAACUUCGAGAUGAGAGAACUCAAAAGAUUGGUAUUUGGGGAAUGGGAGGAGUAGGUAAGACUACUAUUUUGGACCUUUUGAACAAUUACCCUGAUGUCAAAACAAUUUUUGAUUUUGUCAUAUGGGUAACUGUCUCAAAAUCCUGGACCAUUAGAAAGCUACAAAACGAAGUCGGGAUGCGGUUAUCAAUAGCAAUAAAUGCUGACGAGUCUAAUGAUAGAGUUGCAAGUAAAUUAUUUACGGGACUUGAGGGCAAGAAGUACCUUUUGCUUUUAGACGAUGUUUGGGACGAGGUGGAUUUACGUGUAGUAGGGUUCCCCAAUGCCAAUCAACAAAAUGGUUGCAAAGUUAUUUUGACAACCAGAAAAAAAGAAGUUUGCCGAAAGAUGGGAACUGAUGCUGAAGUACCCGUUUCAGUUUUGCCAAACAAAGAAGCAUGGGAGAUGUUUUCCUGUGGAGUGGGUCACAUUGCAACGCUUUCAACCAUCAAACCGUAUGCCCAAUAUAUUGUUACAGAAUGUGGUGGCUUGCCACUAGCGUUGAAAGUCGUAUGCGGUGCACUACGGAAAGAGGAAAAUGUGAAUGUAUGGAGGAAUUUCUUAAGAAAAUUAAGGUCACCGGCUACAUCUGUCACUGAAGACUUGAAUGAAAAUGUGUUCAAGGUACUGAAGGUAAGCUAUGACCGGUUAAAGAAUAUUGACGAAAAGAAAUGUCUUUUGUUCUGUGGAUUGUAUCCAGAAGACUCCAUGAUCGAAAAAUCAAGAUUGAUAGGAUAUUGGAAAUCAGAAAGGAUUUUUUCAGGUAAACUUACUUUGGAACAGGCACUUGAUGAGGGAGAAGCUAUAUUGCAAGCUCUUAUAGAUGCGUCUUUGUUGGAGAAAUGUGAUAAAGAUGACUCUGUGAAGAUGCACGACGUUGUUCGAGACAUGGUAUUGGCAAUAACUUCCCUGCAAGGAGAGGAACCCACACAUCUGGUGCAUGCUGGAAUUUCUUCAAAGAUGAUUCCAGAGGAGGUGGAAUGGAAAAAUGCAACACGAAUAUCCUUUAUGAAUCCCUCCGAGUGUUGGAUCGAUCUAUCACGCACCCGUAUUAAAUCGUUGCCAACUUCAAUAUCUAAAUUGGGCGGUCUUCGAGAACUAGUCCUUUUAGAUUGCGAAAAUUUGAAUGCUCUCCCCAAAGAGAUUAGUGCUCUCAAGGAGCUGGAAGUGCUUUAUGUCGGACAAUCUAAAUGGGAAAUUGGCUUUUGGAGGAUGAAAAGCGAAGAGUUAAUUAUUCCUGUUGGGAUGAUAUGUGGGAUUCCUCAUAUUGAAGUAAUUGAACUUACAAGUCAACUGAGCAAUGAAAGUACAGAAAUUAUUGCGAAAGAACUGAGCAACUUGGGUUCACUUUCUUCUCUUUUAUUUGACUUCCGCAUAGUAGGUAAUCUGCAACACUUCCUGCAAAAUAGCAUACCAUGGAAAGAGACAAGACUGAAGCAAUUUAUAUUCUUAGUUGGGCAAUGUCCACACCAUUUAUACGAACGUCAUCCUUGGCUUCAUUAUAGUAGAAAGUAUAGGAGGUUUCUAGGUUAUGAAGGAGGAGGAGAAGAAAGGGAUAGUGGCAUUCCCCAAGCCAUAGAGAAUGUACUUAUCUGUUCAAAUGGCUUUCUAUUAAGCGGGCAUGGAAAACUCAAAGCUCUAUCAGAAUUGGGCUUGCAAAUCACAGAUGAGUUAAGAUUUUGCGAGAUUGAAAAUUGUGUUGCACUCGAAACAAUAGUCAAUAGAAAUGGGCUUGAAAUGAGUGCUUUUUCUAAUUUAGAAGUUUUGUUUCUGGACAAACUAUCGAAUUUGAAGUCCAUUCUUUGUUCGGAGAUGGAGGAGGGACAAUCAUCAUCAUCAUCAUCAUCACCACCACCACCACCACCACUAAAUGUAAACAGCUUUACCAAUCUAACAAGAUUGUUCGUAUGGGAAUGUCCACUAAUUGAGCACCUCUUCUCAAGUGGAUUCAUGCUUCAACAAAUGUCCAACUUGAAAGACUUGCUUGUCUUGAAUUGCCGGGGACUCAAGGGGAUGAUUCCAGAGGAUGAAAAGGUGGAAUAUGAGGCUCUACCCAAAUUGUCUUAUUUGUACCUCGAUAAUUUGCCUGAAUUUGUCAACCUUUUUGAAGGUGUUCCCACGUAUUGGCAAUCACUGGAUGAUGUGACAAUAUUGCAUGGAACUCCGAAGCUGAGGAAACUCCCCUUUGACACUAAUAGCGCUCCUAAUUUGAAGGGAAUUAAGAGCUUUAAUAAGGAGUGGUGGGAUGCAUUAAAGUGGGACAACUAUGCCGCCAAAUUACAACGUCUCACUUUUUAA